UGCAUAUUAAUGGAUUCACUACCAAACGAUGAUGAAUUAUUGCUUAUGGAAUUGGAACGCAGAGAUGGCAUAUAUUCCUUUAUAUUUCAUGAACUAGAAGCCAAUAAAUUUCAAACGAACAAGCCUGAAAAUCAACAUAAAAAUAAUAUUCAUGAAAAUCAUAAAAAAUGGCAACCAAAGUGUGAAGAAGUCCCAACAACUUCGACAGCGAAAUCUCCGUUACUGUCUGCCACUUCAACAUUCCUAACAACCUCUAACUCUUCAAAGCCUUACUCUUAUGCUAGCUGCUUUAUCAAAAAUUCAACAAUUGAUUUAGACAAAACCUGGCCUCACUCGCAAUCAAAAACUCCAGUAAAUUUAAAUUUUCAAUUUCAAAUGCCUUUUAGUGCUGCUGCUUAUCCUUCGUUUCAACAGUUGUGUUCUUUGCGUACUUUACAUGUGCGCGGAGCGAAACCAUCCUUUUCUCACAUUCAGACACCCUUGGUACGCAACAGACGUCAUGAACUUAAAGAAACGCCAGAGUAUAAGAAUUUCAUGAACAGCUUUACUAAAGUAGCGGAUUUGCGAGAGUUGUUUCCUUUAGAUCCUGAUGUUCAUGCUCCAUUUGCAGAGCUCAGAGAUAAUGCAAGAACUAUUUCUAAAUCAAGUGGUCUGAUGGUGAAAGCCACAAAGUUUUUAAAGUGA